AUGGCGUCUGUGGCACCAACCGUCAAGCUUGCUGACUACCUCUUUACUCGCCUGCACCAACUUGGUGUCAGGUCAGUCCACGGUGUGCCCGGUGACUAUAACCUGGCGUUGCUCGACCAUGUUGAACCCUGCGGCUUGCGCUGGGUUGGCAAUACUAAUGAGCUCAAUGCCGCCUAUGCUGCAGAUGGAUACUCCAAGAUCAAAGGAAUUGCAGCUAUUAUUACAACCUUCGGCGUGGGUGAGCUUUCGGCUAUCAAUCGUAUUGCUGGCGCUUAUGCAGAACGAGCACCUGUCGUCCACAUCGUCGGCAGCCCGAAAAGAGAGUCUCAAGAGUCCCGUGCUAAGAUCCAUCAUACCUUCAAUGAUGGUGACUACCGUCGCUUUGCUGCGAUGUCUGCGCAUGUUACCGUGUCUCAGGUGCAUUUGUGGGAUUUUCGAACUGCGGCUACUCAGAUCGAUGAGGUCUUGAAAGAAUGUUUGCUCAAGAGUCGACCUGUAUAUCUCGAAGUCCCAGUGGAUAUGGUUGCGACGCUCGUACCCAGCGUUAGCCUCCAGUCCCCCAUUCAGCUUCCUGGUCCACUGCACCUACCGACUCACGAAAACAUCCAAUCACAAAUUCUGAGCAGAAUCUAUAGUGCUCAGAAACCCAUUAUUCUCGUGGACGGCGAAAUUAGACCAUUUGGUAUCAUAAAAGACGUGCAGCAGCUGGUAGAGUUGACCCAUUGGCCUACGUGGACUACGGGCUUUGGCAAAGGCCUUUUGGACGAGACACUCCCCAACAUGCAUGGAGUCAACCGAGGCAAAUACGGAGACCCUAUUGAGACGGCCUUUAUAGCUGAAGCAGACUUGGUCCUGUGCUUUGGGCCUCAUCUUAGUUCGACCAAUACUUUCGGUUACUCUAGCGUCCCCAAGACGGACGUGUCAAUCUUGAUCAAAGAAAACGAGGUCCAAAUCGGCGAUUCAGUAUUCCGAGACGUCCCUGCAAGCUCUAUCACCUCGUGGCUCUCUCAGAAUCUGGACACCUCUCGAGUCAGGCGCUACAGCCCAUAUCCAGAGCUGCCUCGGCCCACUGUGCUAUCAUUCUCAAAUCUCGAGGGGCACAAACCUAUCACCCAAAAGAGUCUGUGGCUGCUCCUCGCCAACAUAUUCCGCCCUGAGGACAUCAUUCUCGGUGAAACCGGGACUGCUGGCCACGGUGUGCGAACAAUGCCUCUACCCAAGUCCACGCGAGCUUUUGUUCCAGUUACAUGGCUCUCCAUCGGUUACAUGCUUCCCGCAGCACAAGGAGCUGCACUAGCUCAACGGGAAUUAAUCGAGGCUUCUGCUUAUAACGGCAAUAAUGCCUCUCGAACAGUCCUGUUCAUCGGGGAUGGUAGCUUUCAGAUGACAGUCCAGGAGGUAUCUACAAUUAUCAGACAUAACUUGAACGUUAUUGUGUUUGUUAUCAAUAAUGAUGGAUAUACCAUUGAAAGAUGCAUUCAUGGUUAUACACAAAGCUACAACGACAUUGCGCGGUGGAGGUAUUGCGAGGCUCCAAGCUUCUUUGGGGCUUCUAGUGCGUUCACGGCCAAGGUUGCAACGUGGGCUGAGCUGGACAGUGUGUUGAGAAACGAAGAGUUGCUGGAUGGCGAUGGACUGCGCCUUGUGGAAAUCAUCAUGGAUCGCGAGGAUGCACCGGAGGGGAGUCUAUUGGACAUGCUGAAAGUACAGAAAGCUCAUGGUUGA